AUGGAUGGUUACAGUUCAACAGAUAUUCAGUCGAAAGAAGAUUCUUUCGAUUCACCUAGCGAACUUUCAUAUACUGACUACGGUGAUUCUCCAGAAAAUGAGGCUAACAUUAAACAGCUAAAAAAUGAGGUCUCAAAAAACGCUUAUGACUAUAGUGUUCAAGUUCAGUACAUUGAAGCACUUCGACAUGCUUCUUUAUAUGAAGAAUUGACAAGCGCUAGGGAAAAUAUGCACAAUAUAUUACCUUUGUCAGAAGAAUUGUGGGUUCAAUGGAUCGAAGAUGAGAAGAGAAUAGCAUCAACUCCUGAUCAAAUUAAGAGAGUCAUCAAUUUAUACUCUGAGUCAUUCAAAGAUUACUUUUCAAUAAAACUUUGGAAUGAAUAUAUUCAAUACGUCAUUGACCAAUAUAAGAGCUCGCUUGAAGAUGAUGACAAUUUUCAAGUUGUUACUCUUGAAGAAGUGCGGAAUGUCUUGCGAGAAGCAAACAAGAAAGCUGGGUGUAAUAUACCAGAGAGUUAUAUUAUCUGGAAUACGUAUUUAAAUUUCGAAACAGAAAUUAUGCAGAGCUCGCAAAGCAAUCACGAAGAACAGAAGCUCAAUGUUCGUGAUCUAUAUCUCGAUAGACUCAGCGUUCCACAUAAAAAUUUGGAACAGACAUGGCAAGACUAUUCACAGUUUAUCUCAAAAAAUUUCUCGGGUGACUAUGAGUCUAUUAUGGUAGAAGCGAAUAAAAUCUACUCAAAAACUUCGCAACGAUACAGAAAAAAAGAAACUUAUGAGGAUUCUUUGGUGAAUUCUAAUUACUCUUUAGUUGAAUUUCGAAAAUAUAUUAAUUAUGAAGAAAAUGAAAGAUCAAACAUUGAAAAAUCUAAAGAUCCUGAAGACAAAAAAUACAAACAAAUAGCCCAUUGGUUGGUUAUCAUGCUAUACGAAAGAGCUCUCGUAUAUCAUUAUAUUGAUGAGACUUUCUGGGACGACUAUAUUGGAUACUUGUUAAAAUACAAAAAAAUUGCUCAGGCUGUUGAAGUAGCCGAAAGAAGUGUUCGAAAUUGUCCUUGGUCAGGCAUGCUAUGGAGUCGCUACAUCCGAAUACUCGUUAAGAAUAAUAGUCCCCGUGAUGUCGUCAUGAAUAUUGUAUCUCGAGCAUUGGAUAUAAGCAUGUUGAAUAGUAAGGAUCGAUUGGAUGAUUUGAUAAAAGUCUUGUUGACUUAUUGUGAUUAUGAAAGAUCAAGAAUCAAUUGGAGACGCGGUACAAUCGAUGAAGAACAUGCAAUUGAUCUUAGAGCUGCUUUGCAAUUUGGGCUGGAAAAAGUUAGUCAAGCUGUUCCUGUUGGUGAUCCCAGGUCUCGCUUAGAAUUCUAUUAUAUAGAAUUUGAGACACAAAUAAAAAAUUACGCUGAAGCUCGUAAGAUUUGGGAAGAGGUUAUAAACAAGCGCAAACACGAGCCGGAAAUAUGGCUUCGAUAUGCGGAAUGGGAAAAGUCUCUUAAUAAUAUUCAAGAAGCACGGAAUAUUUUCAAAAGAGCAAGUCAAGUUAAAUUUGAUUGGCCCGAGGUCAUUUUUGAAAGUUGGGAAAAUUUCGAGCAUCAUUAUGGGGACUUUGAUAGUAUCGAAAACGCACUUCUUUUCAUAAAAAGUCGAUUAGCCAUUGUGAUGACGCGGCGGGAAAAAGUCAAUAUUAAACUGCAGCAAUUUCAAAAUGAAGCUAUAGAAAUUCAGCAGUUUCCAAACGUACCUACAGAAGUUGUAAACAUGGAAAAUAUGACUAUUACAUCACGUGAUUCUUUAAAAAGGAAACCAGAAGAAACGUUAGAAGAAUUGCAUCCUGCCAAGCGAAAUAAAGAAAAGAGCACAGAAGAUAUGGAUAUUGGGCAAGAGUCUUCGUUCGUGAAAGACAAACGAAGAUACACCAGGGUCAGACGUGAUCGCGAACAUUCUACUAUCGCCGUAGUUAAUUUGCCUGAGGAAGUCAAACAAGGACAGCUAAAAACUCUUUUUAAUGACUGCGGAAAAAUAAAUGAGGUUCGCAUCAUACCAGAUGCUCAAAAAGGAGAAAGUAUUGCGUAUAUUGAAUUUUCCGACAGGGAUAGUGUUCUUGGUGCUUUAACUAAAGAUAAAAAGAAAAUAGGAGAUAACGAAAUAUCCGUGUAUCAACCAAUUGCACAAACUUUAUAUAUCACGAAUUUUUCAGAAUCUACUAACGAACAAGAUUUACUGAAUAUAUUCGAGAAGUAUGGCGAAAUAAUUGAUAUUCGAAUGCCAAGUGCCAAUGUUAAGGGUGUUAAGCGUAGAAGAUUCUGUUAUAUUGAAUACAAAAAACAGGAAUCUGCGCGUGCAGCUUUAGCUGAAGAUGGACAGCCAUGGUUUGGAUUUACCCUUUCAGUUCAUAUUUCUGAUCCCGAUAGGAAGAAACAAAGAUCCCCCCCAGCUAAAAAUGAAAUUAUAAUACACAAUCUCCCUAGUCAAGUGGAUCAAAAUGAGUUGAAAACGUUAUUUCAACCAUAUGGCACAAUAAAAAAUGCUAGGAUUAAUUUGAACGAAGAGGGCAAGUGUACCGGAACUGCAUUUAUUGAUUUUCUGAAACAAGAAGAAGCUCAAGCCGCGGCGAAAGCUAUGAAUCAAGUAGAUUUUAAAAAUAACUGUCUUCAUGUAGUGGUUGCUGAUCCCAACAUAGGCAAAAAAUCCAAAGGGAAAGAACUAUCCAUUGCGACGAAGCGGGAUAGAGGUAUUAGUGUAAAACAAUUGCCGAAAAAUAUAACUAAGGAAAACUUGCAAGAGCUCUUCGCCAAGUGCGGCACUAUACGUGAUAUUAAUUAUGAUAAUAAGGAGCACACUGCAGAAAUUGAAUAUGCCGGAGUUGAGGAUGCUGGGAAAGCUAUUUUACGUUUCGACAAAUAUGAAUGGCACGGUGUUAGAAUAUCUGUAAAAGGAAUGAUAUCUGUAAAGCAACAAUAUCCAACAAGCUCAAAGCAAUUGGUCCCUCGAACUGCAUUGAUGCCUCCCAGAAGCACAUCGAGAAAUAAGGUUUCGCUUAAAAAAGUUUUCACACCGUCACCUUCUUUUACCUCAACUGAAACUAAAGAGGAAACGACUGAUCCCGUUGAGAAUGAGCAUGGAAAUAGUAUGGAUGUUGAAACCAUAACCAGUAGUGGAACUGUAAAAAAAUCGAAUGCUGAUUUCAGAAGAAUAUGGAAGGAAGGGAAAAGUUGA